CCAACAACAGGAAACCAGACUCGCUUCAGAGAACUGCUUGUUCUUCCUCUUCCAACACUCUCCCUAUCUGUGUGUGUGUGUGAUGUGUGUGCGCGUAUGUUUGUGUGUGUGUGUCUCCCCAUUGUCUUCUGCUUCUCCGUUCCCCAUCACACAGGACUUUUUGUAACAGCCCUGGGCACCAGCCCCAGAUUCCCAUCCUCCUCCCAACAAGCCGGGCGUCUGUCAUCUCACCCACUCCCGAGACAAGGUAGGGAGGUUUCAUUCCCGGCUCCCGCCUCUUCCAGGGCCGUUGUGGUUCCCGGUCGAAUUCCCAGCCGGUUUCAGCUCUGAUGAUGGGGGCGACGGCCUCAUCUUCACCUUCACCCCCGGUGGUGCCAGGAGACCUGGGCUGCUUCAUUCCAAUGAUCCUCCUCCACUUGGAAGCCACCCCUGGGCUAACUGGCUGCCGUUCAACCAUUUCUUCCGGAGGAGUCACCACCGCUCGGCAGCUGGCGUGGAAAGAGAGGAGGGUGUGGAAGUGGACAGCAAAGGAGGAUGCUUUCCACGCUUUCCACCUGGACCUCAGCUACGUUCGGAAGUUCCUCAAGCCUCUGCUGAUCGGGGAGCUCGCCCCAGGGGAGCCCAGCCAGUACCAAGACCAAAACCCUCAGCUGAUCGAAGAUUUCCGCACCCUGAGGAAGACGGUGGAGGACAUGAAGCUCUUCCAGGCAGAUUCCCGCUUCUUCUCCCUGCUCCUGGGUCACAUCCUCGCCAUGGAGGCUGUGGCGUGGCUGAUGGUCUACUUCUUCAGCGCCGGCUGGAUCCCCACCAUCCUUGCAGCUUUCAUUUUGGCCAUCUCCCAGGCCCAAUGCUGGUGCUUGCAACACGACCUGGGCCAUAUCUCCGUCUUCCAGAAGUCCAAGUGGAACUACCUCGCCCAGCAGUUUGUGAUGGGGCACCUGAAGGGUUUCUCAGCCCACUGGUGGAAUUUCCGACACUUCCAACACCACGCCAAACCCAACAUCUUCCACAAAGACCCAGAUGUGACCGUAGCCCCAGUUUUUCUCCUGGGAGAGUCGUCUGUUGAGUACGGCGAGAAGAAGCGGAGAUACUUGCCUUAUAAUCAUCAGCAUCAGUACUUCUUUCUGAUUGGGCCUCCGCUCCUCACGCUGGUUAAUUUCGAAGUGGAGAACUUGGCCUACAUGAUUGUGUGCCUGAGGUGGAUGGACUUGCUAUGGGCCAUCAGCUUUUAUGUCCGCUUCUUCACCUCCUAUAUCCCUUUCUAUGGAACCAUGGGGGCCCUGCUCCUCUUUGCCUCUGUCAGGGUGCUGGAGAGCCACUGGUUUGUAUGGAUCACUCAGAUGAACCACAUUCCUAAGGAAAUUGGCAGCGAGAAGCACAGAGACUGGGUCAGCAGUCAGCUGAUGGCCACCUGUAAUGUGGAGCAGUCCUUCUUCAUCAACUGGUUCAGUGGGCACCUCAACUUCCAGAUCGAGCACCACCUCUUUCCAACAAUGCCUCGCCACAAUUACCCGAAGGUGGCCCCGCUAGUGAAGUCUCUAUGCGCCAAGCACGGCCUGAACUAUGAGGUGAAACCCUUCCUGACGGCGAUGGUGGACAUCGUUGGGUCCCUGAAGAAGUCCGGAGAAGUCUGGCUGGACGCCUACCUCCACAAAUGAAGCCGCUCGGGUACAGGCCCAAGAGGGGGGCGAGGAGGAGUGCGGAUUCUCUUCUGGUUAUGAGUCUGAGGGGGUCUCCCAAGGAGGCUUCCCCGGGAGGGUGAGCAGCCUGGAGGCUGGGACCACCAAGAUCUCUCUGCCUGGUUUGCAUCCUCUCUCCCCAAGACCCCGCCAAGUCUGAGCAUCCUUUUCUCGCCAGCCUCUGGGCUCACUAGACUGGAUGAUGUCUGAAAGGGUUGGGGGUCAGUGGCCUGCAGAAAGAGGAGUUGGUCCUCCCCUUCCUCCCCUCCUUUUUUCCCUUCCACCCACUCUGUCUCCCUCAUUUCCUCCCCUCGCCCACCACCCCAUCACGGCGCCUCUCCCCUCACCCCAAUGCACCUGCAGAAGUCUUGUCUGCCUGCACUUUCUCCCUGGGGCUCAGAGGAGCCAGCUUUAUAAGGAAAACCAGAUUGUGCCUGCGACCUUCCCCUGGAGGAUGGCCUGCUGGAUUCUGCCCAUCAGCCACGGGCGCUUGGAGAUGGACAGGAAUUUGCUCUUGUAACACUUCUCUGCAGACCCUCAUUGGAGGAGGAGGAGGAGGAAGACAAGGAGGAGGAAGAUUAGUAUUUUUCCAAUAUGUUCUCCUCAUCCCGCGAACUUUCUGUAUUUAUGAAUGUAAUUAUGAAUGUUUCUGCAGAAACGGAUAUUCAUGUGAUUUCUCACUGUAGGUCUCCCCACCGGCUUCACCUGGCCACUGUCACAUAGAGAGCCUCGGUUGGCACAAAAACCAGACGUUCCCAGGUGACGUCUCAGCUGUCCUUUUAAAUUUGAACUUGUUUCUCUUGGGCCCAGUCAGUGGGGCAGGGGCGUGUUUAAUUCUGAGUUCUGUUCUAUGCCGACACUCGAUUCGCCUUCGCUCUAGUUCCCGAUCCAUCCUAAUAAACUGGAAUUAGAUCCUC